UGGCUGUCGCAGUUUGUGCAGUGUUUGUAAACACGGAAGUGACAGCCACAUGAGCCGAGAGGGUAACAUCUGUAAAUAUUGAAGUUCAGUCUUUGAUUAAAAGUCAUGCGUACAUGAAAUAGCCGACAUUAGACCUGCAGGUUUUAGUCCAGCCCUGUCUCUGUCAUGUUUCUGUAGUCUCACCGGUCCCUCCUCCCUCUAUCGGACUUCCUUCUUCACUAACUCAGAUCUUCUCAUGAGUCAGACUCUCAGACUUCAUCCUCGAACAUGGACCAAACACAGUCACUUUGUUCCUUUCUCACAGCUUUGUUCCUGCUCGGUUCCUCUGUAGUUUUAGGAGCCGAGCAGCCCAACAUUGUGUUCGUUCUGGCGGAUGACUUUGGAUGGUAUGAUGUCGGUUAUCACGAAUCCGACAUCAAGACACCAAACCUGGACAAACUGUCUGCAGGAGGAGUCCGCCUGGAGAACUACUACGUCCAGCCUCUGUGUACCCCCUCCAGGAACCAGCUCAUGACAGGCAGGUAUCAGAUUCACACAGGCAUGCAGCACCAGAUCAUCUGGCCCUGUCAGCCGUACUGUGUGCCUCUGGGGGAGAAACUGCUGCCCGAGCUGAUGAAGGAGGCCGGCUACAGCACACACAUGGUGGGCAAGUGGCACCUGGGCAUGUACAAGAAGGACUGCCUGCCCACUCGGAGAGGCUUUGACACUUACUUUGGCUACCUGUUGGGCAGUGAGGACUACUACCUUCAUAACCGCUGUGUAGACAUCCCUGCUAAGAGUCUGAAGCGCUGUGCGUUAGACCUGCGGGAUGAUGAAGAGGUUGCCACCGAAUACAAAGGAGUUUAUUCCACUGAGCUGCUCAGUCAGAAAGCCAUCAAUGUCAUUGAAGAACACAACUCUGAAAAGCCGUUCUUCCUUUAUGUGGCUCUUCAAGCGGUCCAUGCACCCUUGCAGGUGCCAGAACGCUACGUGACUCCCUACCGUUACAUCACAGACCCCAAUCGCAGGACGUAUGCAGGCAUGGUGUCCGCUAUGGAUGAGGCAGUAGGCAACAUAACCCAGACUCUGCAGGAGAAAGGACUUUGGAACAACACUGUCCUGGUGUUCUCGACAGAUAACGGAGGUCAGACACUUUGUGGUGGCAGCAACUGGCCACUGCGAGGGAGGAAGUGGUCACUGUGGGAAGGAGGGAUCCGGGGAGUCGGAUUUGUCGCCAGCCCGCUACUGAAACAACCCGGAACCGUCAGCCGCGAGCUCAUCCACGUCUCUGAUUGGCUGCCAACCCUUGUCGGCCUGGCUGGAGGGAAAAUCAACGGUACAAAACCGCUGGACGGAUUCAACGUGUGGAACACAAUCAGCAAAGGGCAUGCCUCCCCAAGACUGGAGCUGCUGCACAACAUUGACCCUCUUUAUAACGACAUCGCUCCAUGUCCUGGCGGAGCGCCUCAGUUAACUUUGGCUCAAGUGGACAACGGAGGCACCUGGGCCAAGGCUGGCUUCAAUGUGUCCAUUCACGCCGCCAUCCGAUCCUCAAACUGGAAGCUGCUGACUGGAUACCCAGGCUGUGCCGUCUGGUUCCCUCGUCCAGAAAGCAACAGCUUUGAUUCAGAGCCAUCCUGGGACGAUCCUCUGAACCCUGUGAUGCUGUUUGACAUCGAAAACGAUCCAGAGGAGAGAAAGGACGUGUCCGCUGACUACCCCUCAGUGGUGGAGUAUCUCCUCAGCCGGCUCAGUCACUACCAGAACAGUUCAGUGCCCAUAAACUACCCUGAUGAAGACCCCAAGUGUGACCCGGGCCCCAAUGGAGCCUGGGGACCCUGGGCUUAGAUCACAGUGACAACAGAGGAGCACUUUUGUCUGCACAGCGUUUACAGCAGGAAUCUCUUUUAAGGAGAAAUGAUGAGCGCUAUGAUGAUCAAAAUAUCAGCAACAUCAAAUUAAAGAUCCGUCUCAUUCCAUUUCAAAUCUGCAGAUUUGUAGGAAACAUAUUUUAUAUUUGAACAUGUGACUGGAUGGAUGUCUUGCAGCUUAAAUCGACAGAUGCUGCCGUUAUCGUUGAUCUCUGUGAGCUCUGUAAGCUGCACAUGUUGCUGAUUUGUUAAGACUUUCUCCCUGCUGUUUCAGGUAUUUGCACUUUAUUUAUCUGCUCUGGGAAGCCAUGGGCUACUUGUAUGUGUUAAACAGACAGCUGCAGAGAAAUGACACGCUGCGUUUAACCUGAGAGGAACAUUUUAUUUUAUAAAUCUGACUUUGGUGUCUUUUUAAGAUUUUUUAAAAGAUUGUACAGGGGAAGGAAACGCCAUAUUUAAUUUCUUCCAAUGGAUCAAACGGGUUUAAAGGUGUAACUGUUACUCAUAUUAUCACAUGUCUGAGCUUUACAGAGUUUUUUUUAGCAUUUUCCAGCUCAUUGUUUUACUUUCACAGGAAUCUGGAAUCCAAAUGAAUGCUGAAUGUGUGACUUUGCAACUAUCUGCAAACAUGACCACAACACAAUUGAUUACAUGUCUGUGUUGUUCAUUUUUAAGUAAAACAGAAUAAAUAAUGUGCUGAAUUUAGAUGCAUUAAAUCAUUUUGCACACAGGUUUUGCCAUCUCACUCUGCUUGACAGCUUCUACACCCUGAAGAAGCCAAACUCCUGUGAAUGUUUAUUAAACAGACUCUAAAUCAGGA